ACUGAACGCUGUAACCUUUUGAUUAAGCUUUCAUCAAAAAAAUUAAGCUUUUAUCUUUUUAAGCUUUCAAUGAUAAUAGCUAUCUUGCGAAUGUCUCUAGAUUUUCUUUAGUUAGUCAUUUACUUUUGUAUAUUUCAUAUUCUACUAUCCAUUAUGAGCCAUAUAUUUUUAACCUUUAAUUAAGCUUUCAUUCUUGUAAGUUUUAUGAAUACCCUUUUUGUAAAUAUCCCUAGCUUUUCUGUUGUUAGUGUUUUCUUUAUAUACAUUCCAAUACAUAUUCUACUAGCCACAUAAAGCUAUGCAUCUGGACUUGCUGUUAAGACUUGAACUGUAGAUAGGCACAUAUUCCAACAUGUUGAUGAGAUAAAUAGAUUCAUUUUCAUAUCAGAUUGAAAUUUUGUUCGUUUGUUGGAGGAACUUUCCAAUUUUCAUUUGAACUUUGAAUUUAAAGCAAGUUUUUCUUAUAUUCUUAAUUCCUGUUAGAUUUUCUUUGGUCCUUCCCUAGGAGGGACUGGAAUCUCAUUCUAUCAUGAGAAGCUAAGAACUCAGGUGUGUUAAUUGUUUAAUUGGAGCAUAGAACUAAACUUUCAACGGCAUUUUCGAGUGUUUUUGCUAAUCCUCGAAUCUGUUGACUAUAGCUAAUACAAUGGCUUGAGCCUCCUGGGGACUCGUUGGAGGGAGGAAAUUAGGGAUUGCCUAGAUUCGGUUAUUGUAUAAACUUGAAUGAGCUCAUGCAGCAACUGACAUCUAGCUGCUUAUUUGAAGCACUAGAUGAGGAACCGGGUGAUGAUGAUGAGGGUGGUGGCCAACGGAAGUACAAGCUGCCCAUGUCGAAUAUUAUUCCUUUCCCCAAGAGAAAUGACCCUUCUACUGCCCAGGAUUUCCCUCCUGGAAGACAAGUGCUGGCUGUCUAUCCAGGAACAACUGCACUUUAUAAGGCAACUGUUGUCAAUAACAACCGCAAGAGAAAGACAGAUGAUAUUGUGACACAUACUUUGCAUAUCCUACAUCAACAAGAUAGGGAGGGGGUGCUAGGAGAACAGCGGCAUGUCUGCAGUUGGCAUCCAUUGGAUGUAGCAAUGCAUCCUCAUAUGAAGAAGUGUAAAGGAUUUAUUGUCAUUAUAAUUGAAGAAAUGUUCUACAAAAGAAAGAUAGUUCAUACUUUUUUUUAUUUUAUUUAGAUUUUGCACCUACCGAAAUAAAAUCCUAGCUCCACCACUGCCUCUGCCAUGUACGGUUAGCCAUCAAGUAAGGCACGAUUAGAUACACAAGAGGUCCAGCAAGAUAACCACAAAAUGGCAGGCCAAUAUUGGUGAUACUAAUGUAGAAGUCUUUCAUUAUGCAUUAGUACAUGACCUGAUUAGUAACCAGUAAGCAGGAAUUAUCAUUUCCUCAAAUGUUCAUUAUAAUGUUGAGACAGGUACAAAUGUAUGAUAAUAAUCCAAUCCAGAGUUUUAGGACCUUUGAUUUGUGUCACUUCUCAAACCAAGAACUUUCAGCAAUUACCCUCUAUUUUGACAAAUGCAGCCCAAGAAGAUCAACAAUUAGAGUAUGAUUAAAAAGAAAAUCAAGGUUCCCUUAACUUGCACAGAAAUUAAUUAAUUUCAUCUCAAUGCAUGUGUUUGCCACAAAUGUUAAGAAAACCAGCUCCACGCACAUUACCUUUCUUCCCUCCACACAUAAAUUAGGUCAUUAACUUCAGCCUUUUAAUGGUGACCUUCUAAUGCCUAAUAUAACAAUUCAUCCAGCAUCCUUUCCAAUAUGGGAAGAGGUGAUAGUCUCAUAGAAAGCUGAAAAGGCGAAAAAGGGAUAAGAAAUCAGGUGCAAUACAUAUCCAAUUUGGUUAACCCAAAAAGAAUCCAAGAAAAUUAUAACUCCUUUUAUGUAAUGCUGUACAAUUCUAACCUUGUUCAACUUACCCUUUUUAUGGUCAUUAGGUCUGUAAAACAUAAUUUUCAAGGCACUUAAAUCUCCCUUUACAGAUCUGGUCUUGGUCUAAAAACAGAGUCUUUGAGGCCUUAUAGUUUGUAAGGAACUAUUGGCUUGUUCCUUAUAAACUAUAAGGCCUUCAUGUUUUUUUUAGGCCAAACUCUAAACUAUAAACCAUAAACUAUUGGCUUGUUCCUCUUGCUUUUUUUUUCAUGGGAAUUGUGAGCUCUUCAUGAAAAAAAGUUUGUUUCUCCUAGAAUAAGCUUUUCGAACUUUAAACUAGAUGUAAUUGCAUGUUUGUAGAGACAAUAUUACCCCCCUCCCUCCCUCCCUCCCUCCUUACCCACAAGUUGGGGAUGUUUAUUUGUUAUUGUCAUGUCUUGGUUUCUAUGUAUUACUAAUUAUAAACUGUUUCUAAUUUUUUGAUAUUUGUUAUCGCGUGCUUCCCUUUAUUAAAAGUA